AUGCCUCAAAAGUAUCCUCGCAAGGUCGAAGAAUCGUCGUUAACUUCCGGCCCCAAAGCGCUAUCUACACAGAUCUCACGCUGCGUCGCGUUGUCAAAAGAUGGAAAAGAAUGUCCGCGUACGAAAACGAAGCCCAAGUAUCGAUAUUGCCGUCUCCAUCAUCAAGAGUACAGCGAUCUUUAUCAAAAGUACAAACAGCUGGAGAAGGAGUAUGAGACCUUGGCAUCGGGAGAUACAGACGUUCCGGCUGCAGUAAUCACGGAGAGAAUCGCACGAGGGAAACAGGCCAUCACACUGAGGGACCAAGUUAAUAGGCGGUUCUUCAGUUUCGAUGAUGGCAACAGAGGGCACGUCCGAUGGAUAUUGAAGUUGAAAAAUGAGGUCGAUACUCUGGAGGACAGAUUCAAGAUAGGGGCGGAUGAGGCCCUUGACGGAUAUAGGCCAGCACAAGAAGAUCAGAGCGAGCCGACAAGCGAUUCUGCAGAAAGUGACCACCAUCGUGGGGAACUCGAGUAUCGCUCGCUGCUUUCACCGGAUAUACCGAUGUCUGAUUUGGACCAUCUGCCGGAUAAUAGUCCGGUAAAAGUUCUGAAGAAAGCCUUUGCCCAGUUUAGCGACGAAAUGUGGCAACGACUGUAUAGGAUCGCUCCCUCGCUAGAUGACUCGUCUCCAGAGAUCAAGGAUGGCGAGACAGGGGAGUCACGGAAGCCUGAUGAAGGCGAUAAAGUCAUACGAUUUGUCCUGCGUGAAUUCAUUAUCUGGAAAGCAGACACGGAAGUUCUUACUCUAGCUUCCAAGACUGACAGUAUAGAUAAGUUUCUGCGACAAGUGCCCUCGAGUGCUCUAGAAUUUAUCAAAUUCUUCGAGAACCUAGGCCGUGAGGACACCCUACAUUUGCUACGUGAUGCCGUCUGCGAUAACGUGCUGCCUUCAGAUUCGUCGGCAGUCACUAUACUGGGCGAGCGGAUUCCCACUGACAACGAAAUGAGAAGGAUGACCGUCAAAGCCUGGGACAUACUGUAUGAGUAUUUUCCAGAUUAUUUACAGUGGACAACCGUCGAGUUCUUCUGCUUCAGAUUCGAGGACAUCCUUCUCAUCAAGAGACUCAUCGCACUAAAGAGAUACCCAAAAUGGUAUAGUGACGCCUGCGAAGAACAAAGAGUGUCUAUUCUUCUUGGUUUUAUAUCGGUCACUGAGGGUUUCCAGGACCCUCUUAUCCACCUUGCUGAAAAGGACGGAAUUAUCACCGCGACCGAGAAUCGUUGUUAUCUCGUCGGGAGAAUAAGCAAGCAUGACGCCAUGACAGCGACAUUCGUUCAAGAUCUCCUCAAACGCAUUGCUCAAUACAUUGUGGUAGUCUACGAGACUGGCGGAGAUGGAUUCCAGUCUUUGAAAGUCACUUACCAAACAGACGUGCUAGACGACGAUCUUUGGAUCAGUCGCUGCCGUUCGGCGGAAACACAUGCGCGUCUGAAACAGACUUCCUGGAGCGUCACACGGUCAUUGAAAGACAUCCGCAAUGAUGUAGAACUCAUACAAUCCUACCGAGAACGCAACUUGGUAAAAGACUACAUCGAGAUCUUAAUAAUAGACAGGCAUCCAGGUCGCAUGUUCAGCCUCCGCAGCCUUGUUAGCGAUGCCUUAGUGAUGCUUGCCAAUGACCCGACCCAAGAGGAGAUCAUGAGAAGCGCCAUUCGCAAUUCAAUACCCGAAGACGAACAACCACAGUGGAUAGAUGCCUGCUUGUUCGGAGGGACAUCCAUCGAAGACAACCAUGUUGGCAACAUUCACUAUGAAGGAGCCCGACUUCGAGCUUGGGGAUGUGCAGCAAAAACAGCCAGAUCUAAUUCACGGUUCUCUAAAUACCAAAAUCUCAAUCCGAGACCGCCGGCUGAUAUGCAAGAUCCUAGAGGAAAUGGAGGCUAG